AUGAAUGUUCCGAGGAAUGUUUUAAUGACCAAAACCACGAAGAAGCGCGCGAGGAGGAGCACGACACUUCUGUUUGCUCUGUUCUUUUUCGUGUUGUUGGGCGCGUUGACGCGCGUGUGCGAUGGCGCCGGGUAUUACGCGUACGAUAAAAGAAGGCACAAUAACAACAACCAAAAAGUCUAUUGCUACAAUGGUCAUAACCACCAGGAUACGAACGACCCGCGCGAUUGUUUUGAUACUUGCACUUCAUGCAACAGUUGUUACACUUUUGUUUACUCGGAAUCUACCAAUGAGUGUCAGUUUCUAAACCAUCAGUCCCUUAGUAAAAUGUUAGAAGAUUCUAAUUAUGAGUGGUAUAUUCCCAUCGUAAAUGAAUAUAAUGGAUUGACUGACGAUGACUUUGCGACGCACGUCGCCGGUUGUCUCGCUGAAGCGCCGGAGGACGGUUUAUGUAAACAGUACGGCGGUCGUGGUUUCAGUAAUUACGAAGGUUUCUCAAUCGGCUCGAUGCCGGACUGGGACGUUUCCGACGUGACUGAUAUGUCGGAAGCGUUCAUGGGUAAAACUACCUUCAACGCGGAUCUCUCGAACUGGGACGUUUCGAGCGUUACGGAUAUGAAAAGAAUGUUUUAUGGAGCGACGAUUUCUAAUCCGUCGAUUUUCAAUCAAAAUAUCGGAAGUUGGGACGUUUCAAAAGUUGAGAACAUGAACAGAAUGUUUUAUAAUGCCAAGGCUUUCAAUCAAAAUAUCGGAAGUUGGAACGUUUCGAGCGUUACGGAUAUGGCCAUAAUGUCUUUCAAGCUUUAG